AAAAAGAAAAAAUUUAUUGCAGAGCAGCUGGGGACAAAAUCCUAGUCCAACAAAACCCACUAGGGUUCUUUUUUGACAUAAAUCUUCAUCCUGCAAUUCGAGAUUCCUGGAUUUCUCUCCUUGCGCGGUUGCGUCGAAAGAAAUGGGCGCCAGCAGAAUGGAAGCCGAGCGGCUGCUCGGGCUCGCCGAAAAACUCCUACAGAACCGGGAUCUCAACAGCUCAAGGGACUUUGCCAUUUUAGCCCAGGAAGCCGAACCCCUUCUGGAAGGUUCCGAUCAGAUCUUAGCCGUCAUCGACGUGCUUCUGGCAGCGGAUAAACGAAUCAACAACCACCACGACUGGUACGCUAUUCUUCAGGUGGAUCGCCGAUCCAACGACUUCGAUCUCAUCAAGAAACACUAUCGUCGGCUCGCGCUUCUCCUUCACCCGGACAAGAACAGGUUCUCUCUUGCCGAUCAUGCUUUCAGGCUCGUUGCCGAGGCAUGGGCCGUGCUAUCGGACCAGGCUAAGAAGGCGCACUUCGACAAGGAGCUCAGCUUCUUUACUAGGGUAGACUUGAGUGUGCCUAGCUGGGUUCAACAAGACAAAUUACCGGUUCGUAGGGGUGGGCCUGGGCCCAGUGGGCGGAAUGAUCCGAGGAAUGGUGGCAACGCCUCGAUGGAGGACGAAGAGGAUGAGAACCCCCGGCGGAGGCCGACCUUCUGGACGACAUGCCCGUACUGUUACUACAUAUACGAGUACCCUAAGAUUUACGAGAACUGUUGUUUGAGGUGCCAGAAUUGCGAGAAGUCUUUCCAUGGCGUUUCGAUUCCAUCUUUGCCGCCGCUUGUGCCGGGUCAAGAGGCUUAUCACUGUUGCUGGGGUUUUUUUCCAAUGGGAUUCUUCGUUGGAAAUGCGGGUAGCAAGUCAGCGGUUCAACCCAGUCUCAAUUCGCCGCCGCCGGUCUCAAAUGCGCCGGUAGCGAAUGGCAUGCAUAACUGGCAACCACAGGCGGCCCCAAGCUCUGCGGCUUCGAAGGGGGCGACGCCGGUUGUGUCGAACGGGACUGCUCCAGAGUUGGGUAUUGUUAAGCGGAAGCGAGGAAGGCCUCGGAAAAAUCCUUUGCCGGCAUGAUGGGAGUUCGAAAUUUGAUUUUGGUUCGGUGCGAUUGAAAUGCAUUUGGGUGUUUUGGCAACUGCGGAGCUAGUUAUUACUGUUGCUGAAUUAUUAAUUUCUUAGGUUUGAAGACCGAAGGUCGGAGCUGCUGGGCUGAAAAACUUGUAAGUACUGUUCAUUCUGUCCAGUUUUCUCCUGACUGUAUCUAAAUAUUUUGCUGUUUUUUCACUGACUGCCUCAUGGGUGAUUCUUGAGGUGACUCUGUAGCAUCUAUUAUAGUUGUUUCAGCUAGAGGUUUGCAGAAGCUCCAUGUCAUUAAUUUAUCUUAGUUAAAUGCAGAUUUAUAAUAUCAUUGCUAAUAACUUUUAGUAUAAA